AUGAUCCCCCUCCCCCUCCUUACCCGCCAGCCCCAGCACUCCCGGCGCCGCCAGCCCCGGCACUCCUGGCGCCCCCAGCCCCGGCACUCCCGGUGGCCCCAGCCCCAGCACCCUCAGUCCCUGAUGCUGAGGCAGUGGGGCCGGCUCCAGGACCUGCCCAGGGAACUCGGCGCCGCCGAGGGGCCACCUUGGACCCACCGGCUAACCAUCUAUCGCCAGGCUCUGGUGGCAGGUCUCCGUGGGGCCGCAAGACGCCCCACCAAUUUGGCCAAGAGUAGCCAACCGCUGUUUGCUUUUGAGUGGAAGGACCCCUCCACAGGAACUACUGGACAAUUGACCUGGACUCGCUUGCCACAAGGAUUCAAGAAUUCACCUACCCUCUUCGACGAGGCUUUACACCAGGACUUGGCCUUUUACCGAGCCUCCAACCCACAGGUAACCUUGUUACAAUAUGUUGAUGACUUGCUGAUAGCCGCCCCUACACAAGAAGUCUGCCAAGAGGCCACUGAAGCCCUUUUGACUGAACUUGCUAAGCUGGGGUAUAGAGCAUCUGCCAAAAAGGCACAGAUCUGCCAACAACAAGUGACUUAUUUAGGGUAUUCCCUGAGAGAAGGGAAAAGGUGGCUUACUGAAGCCCGGAAGCAGACUGUGACGCAGAUCCCGGUUCCUACUACUCCGCGCCAAGUCCGCGAAUUUCUGGGAACAGCAGGGUUCUGUAGAUUAUGGAUACCCAGAUAUGCCACCUUAGCCGCCCCCCUGUACCCCCUAACCAAAGGGGCAGCCCCGUUUGUUUGGGGACCUGAACAGCAACAGGCCUUUGAUGAGAUCAAGAAGGCCCUCCUGUCGGCACCCGCUCUGGCCUUGCCAGACGUGACUAAGCCGUUCGUCCUUUUUGUGGAUGAACGGGGUGGAGUGGCUCGGGGAGUGCUGACCCAGCAAUGGGGACCUUGGAAGAGACCUGUCGCCUAUUUGUCAAAAAAAUUAGACCCAGUAAGUAGCGGAUGGCCUGCCUGUUUGAGAGUAGUGGCGGCCGUGGCCCUCCUAGUUAAAGAUUCUGACAAACUGACACUGGGACAGAAACUUACUGUGGUUGCUCCGCAUGCGUUGGAGAGUGUAAUUCGGCAGCCACCCGAGAGAUGGAUGUCGAAUGCCAGAAUGACUCACUACCAAACCUUACUCCUGAAUCGUGAUCGUGUGGAGUUUGCCCCCCCUGCCAUUCUAAACCCGGCCACUCUGCUUCCUGAUUCGGGGAAGGAAGUGCUUCAUACCUGCCAGGAAAUCCUGGCUGAGGAGACAGGCACCCGCCAGGACUUGCAAGAUCAGCCCUUAGGAGGACCGGGACUCCUGACUUGGUAUACGGAUGGAAGCAGUUACAUCAUAGAUGGUAAGAGAAUGGCUGGAGCUGCAGUAGUAGAUGAUGACCGGAUUAUAUGGGCCAGUGGACUCCCAACGGGCACCUCUGCACAGCGAGCAGAACUCAUCGCCCUGACUCAGGCCCUAAGGAUGGCAGAAGUAAACGUGAGCAAAAAUCAAGCAAUAUCUGGAAAAAGACUUCGAAGAGAUCGCCCAGGAGCUUAUUGGGAAGUUGACUUCACUGAAAUUAAGCCUGCUAAGUAUGGAUAUAAGUACCUUCUAGUUUUCCUAGACACAUUUUCAGGAUGGACAGAGGCGUUCCCCACAAAAACUGAGACAGCCCAGACGGUGUCUAAAAAGAUCCUUGAAGAGAUAUUUCCCAGAUUUGGGAUCCCAAAGGUAAUCGGCUCCGACAACGGCCCUGCCUUUGUUGCCCAGGUUACGAGCCUUGGAGGCUGUGCAGAAAGAGGUGUGGGCCUCCAUCAAGGAAGCCUAUCGGCCAGAGGACCUCUCAGUGCCUCACCAGUUCCAGGUGGGAGACCCCGUCUACGUGAGAAGGCACCGGACAGGAAACCUCGAGCCACGGUGGAAGGGACCUUUCAUCGUCCUCCUGACUACUCCCACAGCUGUGAAAGUGGACGGCGUCUCUUCCUGGAUACACGCUUCACAUCUAAAGAAGGCACCCCCGUCGGACUCGGACUGGCGAGUAACUCGGACUGAUAAUCCUCUUAAGCUUCGCUUGUGUAAAAGGAACUAUGUUGUUAGUAAUUCUAAUGCUCCUGCUGUUUCCAACCCCCCAGAGCCUUAAUCCUCAUGUCCCUUAUCUGCUUACCUGGAAAGUAGGAAAUGGGCAGACCCAAGAAGAGUAUAAUCACACCACCCAUAUUGCCCCUUUGGGCACUUGGUUCCCGGACUUAUAUUUUAAUUUAGAUAAAGUAGCUGACAUAGACGGGAUGGGAGGAGGAGACUGGCGGAAAAAGCAACGCCGAGUCUCUGUAAGUAGGAAUGGAUUUUAUGCAUGCCCAGGGUUUCGAACGGGAGCAGAAAGACAGAAGUGUGGAGGAAUUGAGUCCCUCUACUGUGCACAAUGGAGCUG